UGUAAAUAGCUCCGCAUAAGCUAUUGCGUAAGGGUCUCGCCUUCAACGGCGGCUGGUAUUUAUAUCUGACCCGGAUCCUGGGAGACUACACCGAGAGAAUGGAUCGACGCCUCACGUAAAGGAUUUUUACCAUUAUUCACAUCAACAUUCAAAAUGAAGGGAUCGAGUAUCUUGUCUGCUUUGGCUUUCGCCGGCAUUUCGGCCGCUCAGACACCAGAGGGUUUUACCCCGGCUGUCACGCAGAAGCUCGAAGUCACCUUCGGCACCAAGUCCGUUACUCCUGGUCUGGCACUCUCGAAGUCCGACACCUCGAGACAGCCAACCAUCGGAUUGAGCAUCCCCGCUAAUGGCACCUACAUUUGGAUGUUGAUCGAUCUUGACGCGUCCACCAACUUCGCGAACCCCAAGCAAGGUCAGCCCGCCACGUACCUGCACACCGUGAUCCGAGACUUCAAGUCAAGCGGCUCGGCAUCCGCCGAUGGUGUCAGCACCCUGAAGUCCACGGCCAAUGGCCCCGUAGCUUGGUUCGCUCCGGCGCCCCCAGCCGAGAACCCCCCUCACCCACACCGAUACACCAACCUCCUCUGGGAGCAGCCUGAGAACUGGCAGAUCCCCGCUUCCGCGAGCCAGAUGUUGCAGAGUCAAAAGUCUGGUUUCAAUGUUCCUAACUUUAUCACCGCGGCUGGUCUUAAGGACCCUAUUGCUGCUAACUACUUUAACGUUACUGGUUAAGCGCUAGUGGGGAUUGAGAAAAGGGGGAUGGGUGAAGUUUAAUGCUGGAAAUAUAUAUAUGAAGAUGAAUCGACUUGAAUUCUUGAAGGAAACUUUGCGUUCGCUCGAUAUCUAACAGAGACACAAUCAAUAUUCCCUUUGUCAG